CGUCCUCAGUCACUUUAUUUUUACUUCCUGUUUAAUGUAACUGAUCACAUAUCGGUGUCAUAUCUCAAAAUAUCAAUCAAUUUACAAAAUAUUGACUCGUUGGUAAGCGGAUCAACAAUAUUUUGUUUUUCUUUCAUGUUAGAUUUUUGCUUCGAAGUCGUCUUUGAAGUCGUCUCGUCAACAAGAACAUAGAAACCUGAACGUUAUACAAGUCGUCAAGCGGAAAGUGGAUUUCACAUCGUUUCAACUCGGACAUUUUACUUUGACGUUAUAGAGUAGAAUCGGCUGAAGAUGAUAACGGAGAAGUUCAGGGUGACUUGUGACGAGCGGGGGUCUCGACAGCAGGUCGCAUGCUGCGCAACCCACUGUGGAGUUCCAGUGAGCGGCAACGACCUGCUCGUCUAUACGGUGGCGGACGGCAAGCAGACUUUGCUGCUAAAAGGUCAUCAUGGUGAGAUUAACGCCAUGACUUUUGGGCAUGGGGUCAAGCCCGUGCUUCUUUGUUCUGCAUCUGCCGAUUACAUCAUUGUUUGGGAUGUCGCACACUGCGAGCAGAGAGUGAAAGAAGGUAAAGUGGCUGCUGGGGCAGUUAUUGGGACUUUACUGGGCCAUGUUGCCCAUCUGUCAUUCAGUAUCUCCAAUGAGCGGGUGGCAGCAUGCUCUGGCAGUGCAGCAUACAUACUGAACUCAAAGAGACAGGAAGAAAUCUCAACCAUGUCUGGUCACCUGGGACCUUUGACUGCAGCAGAAUUCUGUCCCUGGAAUGAGGACAUCCUUGUCACCACAUCAGAGGAUCGCACUUUUAGGGUGUGGGACAUAACCACAAACACAGUGCUCUACCAAUCAUUUGUGCUAUCAGCUACACCACUGCUUAGUGUUCUCAUGUUAGCGCAGAACAGGCACGUGAUCACCGGCUCAGCUGAGGGGCAGGUUUGGUGUUUUUCUCUCGAUGACGACUUCAAAUGUCAGCUGGUGACAAAAAUGGAUCUACAACAGAUGGAGAAGAGACGCCUUGGAGGACAGCCAUCUGUUAAUAACAUGGAAAUCUCCAAAACAGUUUUGAGAAUGGCUUCAUACCGCUCACUUGACCACUCCAACAAUGAACAGGCAAACUGGAUAUGUAUUGGAAGUGCGGAUGGAUUAUAUGUGGUCGAUCUGGCAACCUCAGACCUCCGAACAGUGAUAUAUUUCAGAGAUUACCCCACCUUGGGCAUUCCAUUGGCAGCUUCCUGGUGUGUUUCCUAUAUGGGUAACAACUCUAUCACAUUUUUUGUGAGCUCGCUACUCAGUGCAAGUAUGGUGCUGCUAGAGUUCAGCCUGUCUGACAACAGCAGAACCUCAACUGAAGAUGAAAUAUUUUCUGUGUUUGCAAGCUCGACGCCGCUGCGUGAAUCGCCCCUGAAUGCUGAGUUAAAGAGGAAGCCCAACCAUUCAUCUAAAAAAGGAGACAUAAAGGAGCAGCCACUUGUGUUCCAUUCGAAGGUGAAGUCAUCUGGAUAUUCUGCUUCCCCGAGGAAGGCGAUGUUUUCCAUCAAAACAAAUGUUCUAAAAGGUCGUACGUUUACAAAGCCGAACAAAAACGUUGGCUUCGUUAUCAAAGAGUAUCCAAAGGAUGCAGCAGCUCCAUCAGUUCAACACGUAAAUCUGGAGCUGUGUACCAAACCAGUCUGUUGCCUUCAGUAUUCAAGUGACGGGAAACAAACCCUGUGUGGCCUCGGCGACAAUUCUGUGUUCCUGUACAAGUCCUCAUUAUCUGGAAAUCCAUCUGUUUUCAUUGGGCACAACAAGCCCGUGAACAGUGUGAGCUGGAGUCUGAACCGGCAGUACUGGUUAAGUGCAUCAGAAGACCAAAGUCUGCGGAUUUGGACCAAUGGCAGCACAGAGCCUGCAAUUAUCAUGUCAGACAGUAGCCUCUCCAAACCAAUGAAAUGUGCCCAGUUCUAUUACUUGGACAAGUUUGUGCUUCUUGCAUCCGGGAGCUCUCUUUACAUGUACUUGUAUAACGUGGACGUGACACGCGACGACAUCAAGAGAUACCAGCAGCGGAGUGUCAUCAAAUUGACCAAAAAAAUAUCAACAACAUCAGGAACUGACAUCACAGGCCUGUCUGCCGUCAAUGACUUCCUCUCUUAUGCAGUUCUGGUCUGUGGUGCGGAUCGAUCGAUACAAAUAUUCGACAUGAACAAAUGCAAAGUUGCAGCAGAGCUACAUGAUGCUCACAGCAGAGCCAUCCACUGUAUCACCCAAAACAAAGGUUCAAUGUUCACCACGCAAGCUUCAGAGUCAUACAACCUCUUCCUCACGGGCGCGGUGACAGACGGGGUCAAGAUAUGGGAUCUCCGCACACUGAGGUGUGUACGUCGCUACGAUAAUCACGUAAACCGCUGCCAUCCCUGCGCCUCUGCUAUCUCACCCUGUGGUCAGUUCAUAGCCUGUGGAUCUGAAGAUAACUGUGCCUACAUGUAUGAUAUCCGGAGCAGUGGGUACCUACACAAACUCCAAAAACAUUCAGAGACAGUUCUCAGUGUUGCUUUCAACCCAGCCAAACCUGAGCUUCUGACUGGGACUCUCGAUGGGAAGCUGAGGUUGUACCAGUCCACCACUGGAGACCAUCUGUCAGAUCCCACCUGUGAAACACUGCCCAGCUUCCAGGGCAUGACUUUGUAAUUACUAUAGCAACAAAACAUUUUUUUCUGUUCUAAAAUAAACUUUUGACUAUGGUUAAGCCUCAAUGUGAUUUGUUAACACAAUGCACAAUA